AAAUUAGCUAUGUUGAAUUCUUUAUUUAUCAAUCAUCAGGAUCGAAAAGAAGCUGCAGCUAUCGAGCGACGCCGCCAGUACGAAGAAGCUCGAAGGCAGCGUAUUUUCAAUGCCCGUCAAAGAAUUAUAGGGGUCGAUACGAUAGCUUUAGAACAGCAGCUCAAAGAGAAGCAUGACAUUCAGCAAAAUGUACGAGAGCAACAACGAAAAAUCGAAGACGAGCAGCGUCGCCAGAAUCAGGUUAUCCAACUGAAACACAGAGAGCAACAAUUACUACGACAACAAUUGGAGACUGAAAUCAACCAGUUUCGAGCUUUGAGCCAAAAACCAGAACAAUCGCGCGAUUUUGAUUUAUUCGAUCCGAACUAUCUGAAGAAAUCGCAGCCGGCACGAGUCGGUGACUACGACCCUAGAUUGACAGUCUCAGGGGCACAAAAGUUCGACGGGGAGGAUCUUUCACAAAAGGAACGAAUACAAUUACAAAAACAGCAGCAACGAUCCUGGCUAGAACAGCAAAUUCGUGAAAAAAGGAAAGCGGAAAUGGAUCGUAUUGCAGCGGAACACUUUCUUGAAGAAACUUUACAAGCUAGAGAACAAAGGGUAUGCCAACUGGCAGCAGAAGAGCGUUGUUCGCGACAUAGAAUACAGCAAGCCAUCAAUCAAUAUAAUCACCAUUUAAAGCAACAACAAGAUUGGAAUCUAAACCAGCAAAAACGUGCAGAGCAAGAAGAUAAUCAGGCAGAAAUCUACAAUCAUCUAACAAGCGAUAUUCUAACAGAAAAUCCAGAUGUAGCUAAAAGUAGUUUAGGUCCAAAUCGGAUUAUUCCCUACGCUUACAAAGGCAUGAGUACUGAGGAGUUGCAGCAGAUACGGGAGAAUCAAGAGAAACAACGAGAAGAACUGCAUCGUCGUCAGAAAGAAGAAACGGCAACUAAAAUGGCAUGGGACAAGUUAACCAACGACUUCGAUCGGAUGGUGCUGGCAAAAGAGCGCGAGUUGAAUCGAAACCGUAGACAGUUGGCUGGUAAAAUUGGGCACGACAAUUUUAGACUUUCAAACGAGCAGCAACAGAAACUGGACCAUUUGAAUCAAACGGUGUAUCAGAAUCGUCCCACAAUGGAAUAUUUCAACCAAUUUAAUACAUCCAGCCGAUAAAAACGUAACAAGUUUGAAGUAGUCAGCUUAUUAAUUUUAUAUUUCUACUCCUGUAAUAUUGGUGACAAAAUUAAAAUUUAGCGGAAAACAAAAUUAUUAAUUGAUUUACAUUACACAGCGGUUUUAAUAAAUAGAUACAUCUCACAGAAAA